GCCGGCGCUCUGGGUGCUGGCGGUUUCUCACUGGUGCCAUUGAGGGCGGUAGUGGGCCCUCAAGGCUGCGCUUGGCACCGCCGGUUCUCGCCUUCCGCCUCGCCCUCGGCCUCGCCAUGUCGUGCAACUACGUGGUCACCGCACAGAAGCCCACGGCCGUCAACAGCUGCGUCACCGGUCACUUCACCUCCGCGGAGGACCUCAACUUGUUGAUCGCCAAGAACACCCGCCUUGAGAUCUAUGUGGUCACCGCAGAAGGGCUGCGGCCCGUCAAGGAGGUGGGCAUGUACGGCAAGAUCGCCGUCAUGGAGCUCUUCCGCCCCAAGGGGGAAAGCAAGGAUUUGCUCUUUAUUUUGACAGCAAAAUAUAAUGCUUGCAUUCUUGAGUAUAAACAAAGUGGAGAGAACAUUGACAUCAUCACCAGAGCCCAUGGCAAUGUGCAGGAUCGUAUUGGUCGCCCCUCGGAAACAGGUAUAAUUGGCAUAAUUGACCCAGAGUGCAGAAUGAUUGGACUAAGGCUUUAUGAUGGCUUGUUCAAAGUGAUUCCUUUGGAGCGAGAAAAUAAAGAAUUAAAGGCUUUUAACAUUCGACUAGAGGAGCUACAAGUUAUUGAUGUGAAAUUCCUCUAUGGCUGCCAGGCCCCGACCAUAUGUUUUGUUUACCAGGAUCCACAGGGCCGUCAUGUCAAAACAUAUGAAGUGUCUUUGCGUGAGAAGGAAUUUAACAAGGGACCUUGGAAACAGGAAAAUGUAGAGGCUGAAGCCUCCAUGGUGAUCGCAGUGCCUGAACCAUUUGGAGGGGCCAUCAUUAUUGGGCAAGAAUCCAUUACUUAUCACAAUGGUGAUAAAUACUUGGCUAUAGCCCCACCUAUCAUUAAGCAAAGUACAAUCGUAUGUCACAACCGGGUGGAUCCAAAUGGGUCCCGUUAUCUGUUGGGGGAUAUGGAGGGUCGGCUAUUCAUGCUGCUUUUGGAGAAGGAGGAGCAGAUGGAUGGUGGAGUCAGCCUCAAGGAUUUGCGUGUGGAAUUGCUUGGUGAGACAUCCAUAGCAGAAUGCCUGACAUAUUUGGACAAUGGUGUUGUGUUUGUUGGCUCUCGUCUUGGGGAUUCCCAACUUGUGAAGCUCAACGUGGAUAGUAAUGAACAAGGCUCCUAUGUUGUGGCCAUGGAAACCUUCACCAACCUUGGGCCAAUUGUGGAUAUGUGUGUGGUAGAUCUUGAGAGACAGGGUCAAGGCCAGCUGGUUACAUGCUCUGGUGCCUUUAAAGAAGGUUCUCUGAGAAUCAUCCGGAAUGGAAUUGGGAUUCAUGAACAUGCCAGCAUUGAUCUCCCAGGGAUUAAAGGAUUAUGGCCUUUGAGGUCGGACUCUCACCGUGAAACUGAUAACACCUUAGUGCUGUCUUUUGUGGGACAAACCAGAGUUUUGAUGUUGAACGGCGAGGAAGUAGAGGAAACAGAACUGACAGGAUUUGUGGAUGAUCAGCAGACUUUCUUCUGUGGUAAUGUGGCUCAUCUACAGUUAAUCCAGAUAACAUCAGCUUCAGUACGGCUUGUUACUCAAGAGCCGAAGGCUCUGGUGAGUGAAUGGAAAGAGCCAAAUGGGAAGAACAUCAGUGUUGCUUCCUGCAAUAGCAGUCAAGUAGUGGUAGCUGUGGGGAGAGUGUUGUACUACCUGGAAAUCCAUCCGCAGGAACUCAAACAAAUAAGCUUUACAGAGAUGGAGCACGAGAUUGCCUGUCUGGACAUCACUCCCUUGGGAGACACCAAUGGCAUGUCCCCUCUUUGCGCUAUUGGCCUUUGGACAGACAUUUCAGCCCGUAUUCUUAAACUGCCCUCAUUUGAACUGUUACACAAGGAGAUGUUAGGAGGAGAGAUUAUCCCACGUUCCAUUCUGAUGACCACCUUUGAGAGUAGCCAUUAUCUGCUUUGUGCCCUAGGAGAUGGGGCCCUGUUUUAUUUUGGACUGAACAUUGAAACAGGUUUGCUGAGUGACCGUAAAAAAGUAACUUUGGGAACCCAGCCCACUGUUUUAAGGACAUUUCGCUCACUUUCCACCACCAAUGUAUUUGCUUGUUCUGACCGCCCUACCGUGAUUUACAGCAGCAACCACAAACUGGUCUUUUCCAAUGUCAAUCUUAAAGAGGUGAAUUAUAUGUGCCCUCUUAACUCAGAUGGGUACCCUGACAGCUUAGCUCUGGCCAACAACAGUACUUUGACAAUCGGCACCAUUGAUGAAAUUCAGAAACUGCAUAUUCGCACUGUUCCCCUUUAUGAAUCACCCAGAAAGAUCUGUUAUCAGGAAGUCUCUCAAUGUUUUGGCGUGCUCUCCAGUCGUAUUGAAGUUCAGGAUGCUAGUGGAGGAACCACUGCAUUGAGGCCCAGUGCAAGUACCCAGGCCCUUUCCAACAGUGUGAGUUCUAGCAAGUUGUUCUCUAGCAGCACAGCUCCACAUGAAACAUCAUUUGGUGAGGAAGUAGAGGUACACAAUCUGCUCAUCAUAGAUCAGCAUACGUUUGAAGUACUCCAUGCUCACCAGUUCUUGCAGAAUGAAUAUGCACUAAGCCUGGUCUCCUGCAAAUUGGGCAAAGAUCCCAACACUUAUUUUAUUGUGGGAACAGCCAUGGUGUAUCCUGAUGAAGCCGAACCCAAGCAAGGCCGCAUUGUGGUGUUCCAUUAUUCUGAUGGUAAAUUGCAGAGUCUGGCUGAGAAAGAAGUAAAAGGGGCCGUCUAUUCCAUGGUGGAAUUCAAUGGAAAACUCUUAGCUAGCAUAAACAGCACGGUGCGACUGUAUGAAUGGACAGCAGAGAAGGAGCUUCGCACGGAAUGCAACCAUUACAACAACAUCAUGGCACUCUAUGUGAAGACAAAGGGUGACUUCAUUUUAGUUGGAGAUCUUAUGCGCUCUGUACUUCUGCUUGCCUAUAAGCCCAUGGAAGGAAAUUUUGAAGAGAUCGCUCGUGAUUUUAAUCCAAACUGGAUGAGUGCUGUGGAGAUCCUGGAUGAUGACAAUUUCUUAGGGGCAGAGAAUGCAUUUAACUUGUUUGUGUGCCAGAAGGACAGUGCUGCGACAACUGAUGAGGAGCGCCAGCAUUUACAGGAGUUUGGGCUCUUCCAUCUGGGUGAAUUUGUCAAUGUCUUCUGUCAUGGGUCCCUAGUCAUGCAAAAUCUGGGUGAAACAUCUACACCAACACAGGGCUCAGUGUUGUUUGGCACAGUCAAUGGAAUGAUUGGACUGGUGACUUCUCUGUCAGAAAGCUGGUAUAAUCUCCUGUUAGAUGUGCAAAACAGGCUCAAUAAAGUCAUUAAGAGUGUUGGGAAAAUAGAACACUCUUUCUGGAGAUCAUUUCAUACAGAACGUAAGACAGAGCCAGCCACUGGAUUUAUCGAUGGAGAUUUAAUUGAAAGCUUUUUGGAUAUCAGCCGACCCAAGAUGCAGGAGGUGGUGGCUAACUUACAAAUUGAUGAUGGCAGUGGAAUGAAGAGGGAGGCUACGGUAGAUGACUUGAUCAAGAUUGUGGAGGAGCUCACCCGUAUCCAUUAGCUGAAUGAGAAGAAACUUCUUGCACCUUCCUUCAGGAUAGCAUAUGGAGUCUUUCCCAACUGGUUCCCUCACCAGUUUCACUGUAAUGCUAGAGCAGUAGCAAUGUGCCUGGAUGAAAGUGGGAAAUCUCUGAACUGAAGCCAUCUUGCUAAGGACUUGCAAAUGCAGUGUUGGCAGUUGACGACAUUGUAUUCUGCUUGGAUUCACCAUUCAUCUGCCACCUAAUAGUGGUCCCAGCAGGUUUUUCCCUCUGAGUAACAGCAGCUGGCAAAGAUGUCCCUCUGCCUAGACUCUUUCCACCCUUCAUUUGCUGUUGUCUUUUAGAACAUCUGAAUUUAUUUUGUUCCUGGUGUUUUGAAGUGGAGAUCUUUCCCUAUACCCCUCCUUGUUUGGAUGAGAAGGUGGCUAGAUGGCUGCAGUGGCUGUUGGAGAGAUGGAGGUGACAUUUAGCUCGUAUAAGGUGCUUUCAGGAUUAGGGCUGCUUAAUCUCGAGGAACCCAAUUGUGGGUAGCAGCCUCUCUAUUCCAACAGCUUUGCUGCUUAUUCAGGGAGAAGAGACUAGAUUGCAAUUUUUUCUGUUAUUGGUUUUGAAAUUUUACCAAAUAAAAGUAGUCCAAGAGGAAAGGUUUGGCUGUUGUCAAAAUCUUUUCAUGCUUUUCUGAACUCCUUUACUGAGGAGGAAAGAAAUUUUGUUCUCUCAUGUUUUAUAUUUCAACACUCCCAUUAGUCUAUCUAUAGGGAACUGACUAGUCCAAUUUCAUUUUGUUUUUGUGUUUUCUGGUCAAUAAGCUUGUAGAAUUUUUUUAAGGGGAUGACAAUAUACCUCGUUACCUCUUUUUUUUCUCAUUCUUGCCAAUAGGAAGCAGACUUUUAAGAAGUGGGUGAUGGGAUUUUGUUGUUGUUAUUGUUGGAUUGAUAAGCACAGGGUCCUCAUUUCCCAUUGUUCUGCUGUCACAUAUUAAGAAUUUUCAUUCCCUUCUAGCAUGUGAGAGUUAGAAAAGACUUUUUUGCAUUGGAUGUUUUACUCAAGUUUUCUCCCUUUUCUUUUGGUAAAAGCUUGUCCUGACUAUUCUGUGAUAAGACUUUAUGGGCUGGGGAAAAGGCUCUUCUUCAAAUUCACCCCACAAGUUCACAUCAUUGCAUCACAAAAUGCCAAAAUUAGAGGGAAAAUGCUUCACAAUUCAUUGAUAAAAAGUUAAAUGCACAGUGCAGCAUGCCUCUAUUGGAUUUGGCUUCAACAUUUUUUACCCAUUCUCAUGAAAUCACUACAUUCUCUUCUCAGUUGGAGGGACAGAGAAAACCUGAUGUAUGGUGGACUUUCAGUUCCAUCCACAAAGCCUGGAUGUUUGUUUAAUGUGCAGAUGGGGAUGGGGUUUAUUUUGUCCUUCAGGGUUUUGAAAGCAUUUGAGCAAACCUUAAGGAAUUAUAAAAAUGGAAAAACAACCCAUAGUUCUUUGAUUUGCUCAGCAGAGGACAGAAUAUUUGUUAUAGGUGGUUCUUGACUUAUGACAUUCAAUUAAUGAUGAUUCAAAGUUACAACGGCCUCAGCAAAAGUGACAUGACGUGUACUCACAUGACCAUCAUGCCACUUCCACAGUCAUGUGAUUGCAAUCCAGUCGUGAUUGCAAUCACAGUCAUGUGAUUGCAAUCCACUUGGCAACCGGUUCCCAUUUACGAUUAUACUUGCAGCAUCCUGCAGUCACAUGAUUGCGAUUUAAUGACCCUUUUUGCUGAUUUCCAGCAAGAAAGGCCCAUUGGGGAAGUUGGACUUGCUUAAGCAUCAAGUGAUUUGCCUCACGACUGUGUGAUAUGCUUAAUGACUGCCGUCAGUGGAAAUUCUGGUCCCAAUUCUUUGUUGUAAAUCAAGGACUAUCUGUAAUAUGUUGUAAAGGUCAACAACUUCUGGCAUCUACAGCAUGUACAGUGUGAAGCAGCGUCCUGUACAAAUCUUAUGUGCUAGGUGAUUGUGCUCUCCCAUACUUUCUAAAAUCAUGCCCCAAACAUUGUUGAUGCCAGGAGUUUAGAUCUGUUGCUUAUGUUGCAUUUCACAUCUGCUUAGAUAAGGUAUUAAGGCUUGUGUCGAAUGCAACUAACUUUCUGUAAAAUGGUAUAUUUUGCCAAAAGAUAAACACUUGGAAAAAAAAGAAUUUGGAAAAAUAUUUGAAACUGUUUUAUACAACAUGGAGGCUCCGUAAUCAUAUCUUCAGCCUGUGAUUCUAAUGGCCAAGCUGCUUGGUAGAAUGGAAUACUAUCAAAAAGCCUGGCUCUAUUCUCAGGAGGAAUGAGGACAGAAAUUUGAGGUUUCAGAGAUAUUACGACUAACUGCAUUCAGCAUAGGAAACCUGGUAUGCAUGAAUAUUCAGAUGAUUGAGUGAGCAUAUUGGAGGCUUUUGUUAAAAUUACAAAAGCUCUGUUGUGUGGUAAUAUACAUACAAAAAGUGUGGUGUUUAUCUCACAAUGGCAGAAUGCUACUUUCAUUAUUUGUCCCCCCCUUGUGGAUGCCCCUGAUUCUUAUUUUAUUGUGAAAUCACAGUUGGGAAGUAUCCGAAAUGGGGAAAAAACAUGCAUGCCAAAACUGCUAUUAAAUGAAGGGGUCUAUACAUAUUUUUGAAGCCCUUCGUCAAUCUAUAUUGUGCUUGCCUUACAUUUCCAAAUGAAUAUGAGAGGCAAAGCAGUAAUAUGUAGUAAACAUUGUACAAUGUAUUGAAAUAUGUUUCUGUUUUAGUACAUUGAAUUUCAGAGUGCAAUUGAUACAAAACAUAGUCCUUUUUGAUAGGAUACUGAUACACAAAAUGGGAGAAAGAAAGAAAUAAAUUUCAAUAUUUGCAUAGAUGUGUGAUUCUUAGAAAGGGGGAAUAUAUUCAUAUAAUAUUACAAGUGAAUCAUUUUAAGAAAGAACUGCAAUGUGUCACUAUUUCUUUUUUAAUAAUUUUAUUAAAAUGUUACAAUUAAAAAAUGAAUACAAACUUAAAAAAAGCUGCAUAUAAAAGAAAAAGAAAAUUAUAGUGAAAAAUAUAUAUAAAGAAAUGACUUCACUCUUUAUUACAACAUGUAAAUAUUUUAGUAACUUAUCUCCUCUUAAACUACAACAAAUGAACUUUUCUUUCCAUAUCCCAUUUCUUAUCUACAAAUGAUCCUUAAUGCCUCCUGGUUUAGUUGUGGUUAGCAAAAAUCCAUUAAGGGUUAACAGAGAUAACAACAUAACUUUCACCUUGAUCAAAUAAACCAACUUUAUAUUCCUUCUGUUUAUUUUUAACAAAUAACAAUGAGAUGACUGCGAAGAAAUACAAUCCUUCCACUCACCCCCACCUCCACCAUCUUAUUAAACCUUUAACCUUCUAACUCUCCACCAUCCACUCUCAACUGUCAGUACCUAUCCUUCCAUCCCACCCCACCCUCCACAUCAGAACUGAUGAAGUUUCUUGGAUGAGAAGUAAAUCGUUUUCUUCCUCAAAGGAAAAAAAAAGUCGUCCAGUUGCCUUUUGAAGAAAAAAGCACUUUUGAGUUAGUAGAAAGCAUUCUUAAUAUCUAGAUGCAGUGAAUCUGAUACUGAUGUUCAGGAUUUUUUGAUUCGAAGAGCUAAUUGAGAGAUUGCAGUUCACCUGUAAAAAACACAAGAUCAGGACAUUAGUAUUGCUGAAUGCUCAUUAAGAAAAAAUAUAAAUAAAAAUAAGGUUUAAUCCUUUAGGAUUUAUUUCUAGAUGUGCAUAUGCAUAACUGUGUCAGAAAUCUUCCUGUUUUAGAAAGGCAGCUUGCUGUGUGUAAGAUUCCCAUCUCCUUGUUUACUUAAUAACUACGGCAGCCUCAGAAGCACAGACCUUAAAGAUUAUUUCAUCACCCAAUUUUUAAUUGGUAUUCCCAGGGCCACUCUCCCCUGAACCUGUAGGUCAGCUGACCAUACAAAAAAUAGAUACCUAAAAUUGUAGAGCAUUACAAACAUCAAAAGGAGGUUUUCUUGAAGGAAUCUUGGUAUCCUUUUUCAACAUGAACAAAUGCAAUUUGAGCUAUAGGAUUUUGUAGCCCAGGUAGCAGCAGAGUAAGCAAGUAAGUAAUUUUCUCCUUGAAGCCAUCAAACAGAAUGAUGCUGCUGUUUGUUUUCCUCCUGCUCCAAGAAACAAUGUGACUUGUGAGAGUCAUUGUAGUGCAAGUAUAGCAAUAGCACUUAGACCUAUGUGUCACUCCACCGUGCUUUACAGCACUCUGUAAAGGGUGGGAUGGGGACAGAAAGAUGGUGCCAAGUGCUUUGGAUGAGAAUGAAAGCCAUAGUGCUGUUUCCUUCUUGCUUUCUCUUGUGGUUUCCUUCUAUAUGCUUUUUGUAUAAGAUGUGAAUUAAAGGUUUCUCAGAUUUGGGGGAAAGUCUGAUUCUCAAAUUCUA